GCCUCCGCCUGGGCCCGGCGCGGCUGUACUUUGGGCCCUCCCGCAUCCCGGCGCCCAUCGCCGCCGGGUGAUGGCUGGAGGCGCGCGGUCUUACCCAAACCAAGCUGGCGUUGCUGGUUAUGUGUUGCUUUUGGGGAUGGAUGUAGAAGGAAAUUAAAAACUUUCCAUCUCAGACCCGUAAAUGCUUAUAAAUAGCUUCGGUGAUCACUUCUGUUUUAUAGGGUAAAAAUGAACGUAGGAGUUGCCCAUAGCGAGGUAAAUCCAAACACACGGGUGAUGAACAGUCGUGGAAUGUGGCUGACCUAUGCGCUUGGAGUUGGCAUGCUGCACAUUGUCUUGCUCAGCAUUCCUUUCUUUAGUGUCUCUGUGGCCUGGACUUUAACAAACGUGAUUCACAACCUGGGCAUGUAUGUGUUUUUGCAUGCAGUAAAGGGAACUCCUUUUGAAACACCAGAUCAGGGGAAAGCUAGGCUACUAACACACUGGGAACAACUGGAUUAUGGAGUGCAAUUUACAUCUUCAAGAAAAUUCUUCACAAUUUCUCCUAUAAUUCUGUACUUCCUGGCAAGUUUUUACACAAAGUAUGAUCUCACACACUUCAUCCUCAACACAACGUCUCUCCUAACAGUGCUUAUCCCCAAGCUGCCCCAGUUGCAUGGCGUUCGAAUUUUUGGCAUCAACAAAUAUUAAGCAGAAGGUUUGACACUGACUGCCCUGACAUGGCUGCUGCUGCUCCCCAGGUGAAGGAAACAGUAGACUGCUGUGCUGUAUAUCUAAUCGUAUUCAGUGGGACACUUUUACAUCUGAGUUACCAUUCCUACUUCCGGUAGCAUUAUCUGGGAUGAAAGCUGAGUUUAUAAGAAGAUGCAUCUGAAUACUUAAAUGUGAAUCGGAAACCUGUAGAAGAUUUCCAGAAGCUGGGCAGGCCCAGCUCUGAAGUGUAAUCAUCAUCUAGACUGUGUGCAUAAAGAAGGUAGAAGUACCAGUUCAAAUGGAGAGCAGUAAUUUAAAACUACCCAGUCAACCACAGUGUAAGUGGUAACUUCACAUGUAAAUCCAGGAUCAUUGUUGCCAAGGACUGGUGAGGCAGUAUUCUUAGAUUAAGUGAAAGUAGCUAGUUACUGCCAUAUGGGUCGUAGGUAGUUGUGCUUGUUAUUGCAUUGUGGAAAUUUGUCUUGCGGUAAAUACUGUGACAGCUGGCAUAAACUGAUGGUGUAAUUCAUGCCUUACCUGUUCUUGUGAUUCUGUAGACCCAAGAAAGUCCUUCACUGUUAGUUCGGGAUUUCUACAACUUGAUAGCUUGGUUUAUGCACAUUUUUACAAGUCACCACUGUUGUGUUUAUUUCAUUUUGCUUACCAGGAUUCUGACUUUUCUGUGUGUAAAUGGCACAUCCUGAGAAACUGUAAAUUUUUGACUGUUUUCUCCGAUACUUGGCUAACAGGUUAUUUUUCAGUAGCUGGGAGGCCUGUAAUGGUGGUGGAAAGGGUUGCUGCUGUCAUUGAAGAAGCAGGUCCAUUACAGAGCAACAAUGUUGGAACACAUAACAGAAACUCUGUGUAGGUUGCGAGUCAGAAUAGAAGCUGAACUAGAAGUAGGUGAAUCGGCAAAUCACAUGGACUAACUAUGCUUUUGCAGAAAAAGGUAUAAAUAAUUUGCAUGUCUUGGAAACGGGGACGAAUGCGGUGUUUUAGGGGUAUUGUGUAAUUCUGAGUAAUCCUGUACAUAGUCAGCUCUGGCACUGGAGUGAAGGAGGUACGUCUUGAGCUUUGAGCACUUAUUUCUCUGUCUUGGAGAAAGGAUGAAUUUUGAAGUCUGCCACAUACCUGCCAGCCCAAACCAGCUCGGAUGGAACUGAAGACUGUUUAAGACCUGAUGUUCAUUUUGAUUGCAGUGAAAGCUGGUGAGCUGGGAAAAAAGAAAAAGAAGGAAAAGCCCAUGGUGGUGCUGCUUUCCCUGCUAGGGGAGGGUUCUGGCUGUUUACUGUAUUUAUGAAGAUGGUGUUUAAAAAAUAAAAAGAUAAUGAGUUGAGAAUUUCUUCUAGCAAUGGGAAGCAAUUGAUUCUUUGUGUUAUCUUUGUGUUAUUUGUAUGGAAAGUGGUACCUGGUAAGUUUUUUUCAUAGUCAAAGAAUCAUAG